CUAACUACAGUGAAAAGGGGUAACCUUAACCAAAGAAGCAAAGAAUUAGAUUCCUAAUUCAAGAUUAAAAGAAGGAAUUCCAACAUGAGAGGUCUCAAAGAAAAGCUAAUCCAAUUGAUUCAUACAGAAGAAAUAUGGAUAUGAUCAAAGUUGGUCCAGCAGGAGUACAAGUAGGAACCCUUUGGGAUGAAAAGGGACGAACCGAAGUAGCCCAGAUUUUUGUUUCCUACAAUCAUGACACAGUUUGCUCACUGCAGUUCCUCUUCUAUGAGAAUGACAAAUUCGUAAUGUCAAAUAAGCAUGGCACUAAUGAAUGUGAAAGCUUUUGUGCAGUAACAUUUGAUUAUCCAACAGAGUUUCUUACUUCCAUAAGUGGUUCAUUCCGAAAAGCUUAUGGAUAUUGUAUUUUGAGCUCAAUAUCAUUUGGAACCAAUAAGGGUUCCUAUGGACCAUUUGGAACCCCGACAGCUGAUGCUAACAAAUUCACAUUUAAGAUGGGAAAUUAUCCUUCUUUUGGUGGUUUUCACGGCAGCAAACACCAUCAUGGUGUUGAGAGUUUUGGAGUCUAUAUGAAGCCCAUCACAACCUCAACGAUCCAUUUUAAAGAUCCUUCAGUAAAGGUUAAAAAGGAAGGAGUUCAAGAGAAGAAGGUCUAACUCAAGCUGCAUACAUUGAAUAAUGAAGUUCGUAUUAGUUUUCUCUAUUGCUUAUGGUUGUUUCUACUUUUCAUAUCAAUUUUAGUUGGUGUUACUUGUUAAA